CACCUGUCUGUCUUUCCUUUCCAGUUUGAGCCCAUUCCACAUUACAUGCGCUACAGCAACACUAAGAACUCUGGAAAACACUCCUUAUGAACAUUUCAAUCAAGAAAGCUAGCUUGAAAGAAAAUGUUCUUUUAGAAGCUUUUGGCUGUAUAACGUUAGAAAUGUGUUCCACCAAGUUUUCAGCCUAUAUUACAAUGCAGGAGGGUCCAAACUGUAACACACGUAAUGUGGAACGGGCCUCUAGCUGCUUAUUUACAAUCUGCAAAGAAAAGAACAGAAUGUCUUAGCAUUCAUUUCCGCUGACUUACCCCACCUUUCAAAGCUGUGAAACACACACUUACUGUUCACAGUUCAGGCUUUUCAACUCACACCCCAGUGCACUCUGGUAUGUUUUACCUGUCUCAGUUACCUUUGAUCACCUUUCUUCAAGAGAAGCAGGCCUGGCCUGGUCUCAGAUUGUCUCAGUGAACAUGGUAACCAUAGUUACAGAAACGACGCCGGGAAGCCUGUUUUUAGAGAUUUGAUUUUGCAGUGGAUCAUGCAGCUUUAAAGAAGCCUAAAUUUUAAGCGCGGUUUGGACUUAAGCAACACGUAAUGCACACGAGGCAGACAGUAUGGAGAAACUGACCUCAAGCAGCGGAUCUGGGGGGUGGGCUGGAAGUGCGUUUCUCUUCCUUCAGUCAAACCUCCAACAGGUAGAUCUUCCAGCCUUGUACAAAAACCCGGAACAGAAAAUCAACAUUUUCAAAGCUCUUAAGCUAACCCUAUCAGAUUCCUUGGGUGGCCUGGAUGGGUAUGAAAUUCUGAAAAUACACAACACUGAAUCAGACCUGAUAAUCCAGAUCAAGUUCUCUGACGAGAUGCACUGCACGACGUUUCUCGAGAGCUAUGCCAGUGCAGGCCUCAAGCAGUGCUUGGGUCAGCACCUGAGGGCAGUGCUCUCCGUCACAGAGGAACUGGAGAUUGAUACUAAGCUCAAAACUGGCAGAAAAACUCUGGACGAUUUUCUUAAAGAUCGAGGUCGCUGUCUGCGCUGCAUCAAGGAGGCCCAGCCGGAUAGGCUGAGGGAUGAUGAAGUAGCCCAGCUGGAGAAGACUCUUCAGAGUUUGAUGCUGAAUAACAGGCAUCCUUCUGAAGCCGUGCUCAAAGGCUUCUCCUCCUCAUCCUCCUCCCUGAACUCCAGGGAAGAAGGCUCUCUGCUCCCGAGCAACAGUUUCAAGUUCCAAGGAAGAGUUUACGAUGACAGGCGGCUAACCUCCUCGGAUCACCAGAAGUUUGCCUUUGAAAUUGGCAAGCAGUGGAAGAAGGUUGCCCGCUCUCUGCAGAAAGGAUGCAGAGCCCUGAAGGACCCUGCCAUCGAUAACCUGGCUUAUGAGUUCGACAAGGAUGGCCUCUAUGAGCAGGCCUACCAGAUGCUCAACAAGUUCCUCCAGUCCGAGGGGAAGAAAGCCAAGCUGAGCAGGCUGAUUAGCGCCUUGGAGGAGAAUGGGCUGAUGGGAAUCGCAGAGCGGAUGCUGGAUAUUCAGCCUGCAGAGAGGCAGUGAGCCGAGUGCAGCAUGAACCCCCUCUUCUUAACUCUAGUCACCUUCUUUUUUUAUUACCUGUCAAUACAGACCUGCCAUU